AUGGAGGUUCUGUCUGUGCAUCCCGGACCUGCAUCGCUAGAGCUACUGUUGCUACAGGCCGACCAUAGGUCUUCAUACAUAUGGGAUGGACAGUGUUUGUCCCAGACAUUUCGCACCAGACGUAUAGACGAUAUGUGGAUCAUAGAGAUCGGCCGGUUGCAGUUCGACUGGGCGUUGAUCACAAUCAUGAUAGAGCGGUGGCGAUCGGAGACGCACACAUUUCAUCUACCCAUCGGCGAGGCGACCAUCACGCUUGAGGACGUAGAGCCAGCGGAGGAGACGACAUUGAGUGGAGCCACUCGUUUGCAGCUGACGCCCGUCCGGCAGCAACUAGAGGCGAUAAAUGCGGAGAUUACGGAUGAUUCACCGUCGGAGGUUAUCGAUCGGCAUACGAGAUUGGUGCUGUUGCUGAUGUUUGGUGGUGUACUGUUCCCGAACACUUCGAAAAACCUAGUUAGCUUGAGAUUUCUACAUCAUCUUGAGCGGCUAGAUGAUUUAUCUGGUUACAACUGGGCUACAGUUAUUCUAGGUUACCUGUAUAGGCAGAUGUGUCAGGCGUCCAUGGGCACCUAG